UAAAAAAUUGUUGUUGCUUUUGUUCAUAUUUCCCGUUAGAAUUAUUAUGUGUAAUGUUAUUAAAUUGUUUUAUUUAAUCUUGUCCUAAACUUUUGAAACUGACUAGAGUUAAGGGCUAAAUAUGUGGUGAUAAUCAUACACGAUGCCUAAUAUAAGAAAAUAUCGACGUGACACGACCGAAGUCAGCUGUUGUCUAAAAUAUGUGAUUUUUGGUGUAAAUGUGCUCUUUUGGUUCUUAGGCCUUAUAGUCUUAGCUGUAGGAAUAUGGGCAUGGACAGAGAAGGACACAUUCAACAAUCUUUCUCGGCUAACCAACAUUGCCCUGGAUCCAGCAUUUAUUUUAAUAUGUGUCGGUACAAUAACCUUCAUAAUCGGCUUCACUGGCUGUGUUGGUGCCUUGCGUGAGAAUACAUGUCUUUUAGCAUGUUAUGCAUUGUUCCUGGCGUUGCUGCUUUUGGCUGAGAUGACUGCCGGUAUUCUAUUCUUUGUUUUUAAAGACUGGAUAAAACUACAAGCAACUACCGGCUUUCAAUCUUUCAUCACUUACUACAGGGAUGAUCCUGAUCAGCAAAAUUUGAUUGAUUGGAUACAAGAAGAUUGGCUGCAAUGCUGCGGCGUGGAGUCCCCAGAGGACUGGGACCGCAACAUCUACUUCAACUGCUCGAGCGGCGCGGUGGGGUCGCGCGAGGCGUGCGGCGUCCCCUUCAGCUGCUGCCGCAACAAGCCGCAGGACAUCAUACGCAACAAGCAGUGCGGGUAUGACGUCAGGAAGAGCACUUAUCCGGCGAGCGAGCGCGUGAUCCACGAGCGGGGGUGCCUGGCGGCGGGCGAGGACUGGCUGCAGCGGCACUUCCCCCUCGUCGCCGCCGCCGUCAUGGGCCCGCUCACGCUCAAGAACCUUGAGAAAGCUAAGAUAAUUUAUGACAAAGGCUGCUUAGAGGCCGCCGAGGAAUGGUUUGAUCAUAAUCUGUUGAUAGUAGCCACGUCCGCUGUUUGUACCGCUUUUGCACAAAUCCUAGGCAUAUGCUUCGCUCAGAACCUCCGCGCAGACAUAUUCGCGCAGAAGUCCAAGUGGCACUGACAGUCAGCCUCUCCUGCGGCCGUGUGACGUGUGACGUCACGCCCCCGCCCCGCGCCGUCCCCCGCCGUCGCCGCGACAAUCACUCGUCGCCACACCACGCCCGCCCGUACCUAGUAAGAGAGUAGAUUUUUAUUCGCGAGAAAACUCAUGUUAAAGGGACCUAUCAGAUAGAGAGCGGUCGGUUUUGCGAUCUCUGUGUUAAAUUAGUUACAUAGAUAUACUCACACAGGUAGCGUUCUGAGGGCCUAGACAAGCGGCAA